GUGAAGUUUUAUCAUAUUGUUAUUUUUUUAUAUCGGUACACUAUCGGUGUGUGAAAAUCAGUGUUUUAACUUGUUUUAAAUUGAAAUUAUGUCGAAGACGCACAGUUAAAUUUUUCAAGGAAAUUGUUAAUAUUAUUCUACAAUAGCCAAUCAAUCGACUGGGCAUAGGCAUUUCUCCACAGCUCCCCUAUUCUGUGACUCUGCGAACCUCUAACUCUAAACGUAUCUACCUAUUUAAAGUAAUUCAACAAUAUUAUUGUGAUUUUUAAUUGACUAACUUUAUUCGAUAUUGCGAUGUCUUGUGUGCUACCUUGAUCUUUUAUUACGUUCACUCCAGGACUGGUAAUGAGCUAAAGGAACGGUUCAAUGAGAUUAUAAACAACGAAGGAUACGUGACUUUGGAUCAAAAAAUGGCUGGGGAAGGAACCGUAGGAAGUGGUUCCCAAGUAGCGCUGGUUACAGGAGGAUAUGACCAUACUAUUAAGUUAUGGCAGGCACACAGCGGCGUUUGCUUACGGACUAUGCAGCACCCAGAUUCGCAAGUAAAUGAUUUGGAAAUCAACCCCAACAGUCAGAUGGUGGCAGCAUGUGGCUACCAGCACAUCAGAAUGUAUGACCUGGCCAGCGCUAACCCGGACCCUGUCAUGAAUUUUGAGGGUGUUGUCAAAAAUGUGUCCAGAGUUGGUUUCCAGGAAAAUGGGCAAUGGAUGUACACAGGUGGUGAAGACUGCACUGCAAGAAUAUGGGACUUGAGAGCAGGUCGGCCGUUCCAAUGCCAGCAGAUAUUCCAAGUGCCGGCGCCGGUCAACGCCGUGGUGCUGCACCCCGACCAGUCGCAGAUCAUGGUCGGCGGCCAGAGCGGCAUCAUACACAUCUGGGACUUGAAGACUGAUCACAAUGAACAACUGAUUCCAGAGGCGGAGAGCAGCAUCCAGGACAUCGCGAUCGACCCGUCGGGCAAGCUGAUGGCGGCCGUCAACAACAAGGGCAACUGCUACGUGUGGUCGCUGGGCGGCGCGCCGCCGCGCCCCGUGCCGCGCAAGCACCUGCGCGCGCACGACAAGUACGCGCUGCGCUGCAAGUUCAGCUACGACUCCACAAUGUUGGUGACGACGUCUGGCGAUUGCUCGGCGCGCGUGUGGCGCACGAGCGACUGGACUCUGCUGCGCGAGCUGCGCCACGAGAAUCAGCGCUGGGUGUGGGACGCGGCCUUCACCCUUGACUCACGAUAUCUUUUUACAGGUUCAUCAGACAGCUACGCUCGGCUGUGGGAUUUGGAGAAAGGUACGCUGGAGCGCGAGUACUGCGGACACCAGAAACCUAUCACCGCCCUCGCGUUCAGAGACCAGGCAGUGUAAAGCUGUUCAACUUAACUGUAUGUGUACGGACACUGAAUUUGGCUAAGCUGUACAAUAAUUUGUGGUGGUGUCAUAGAUGAAAAUGUACAUUUGUAUGCUUUGUUUUUAUCUGUGACACUGACAACAAAUAAAUGCAUUUCAGGCUCAAAAUGGCUAGAACCCAGAGCCG